GAUUAAUAAUUCUGAAAAGAAUCCAUAUUUUCGGAGUACAGCAGUCCUUCUGCGUUCGAUUCAAAAAGAAUGAAGGGACCGCUUCUGCUUCCUCGUUCACAACACUGUAGCAAAUCAUCACAGCACUGCUAGACCACGUUUACAGCUUUCAAGAGCGAGUUAAUUGCGACUGCGUAUUGUUUUGUCAUAUUAUUUUGAUAUUUUAGUGCUAGAAGGAAGGAAAAAGGGUAAAAUCUAAGGCCCCUGCCCCUUUAUUUAUUUCCUUUCAUUUUUAAACGACGGUGUUGCUAAGAAAACAUUGGAAGCAUUUUCGUUUAUUUUAGCAUCUAGAACGGUUGUAAAUACAUUUCAGAAUACAAUGGCUCGCCCUCGGCCCAGGGAGUACAAAGCUGGAGAUCUUGUUUUUGCCAAAAUGAAAGGAUAUCCGUAUUGGCCAGCGAGGAUUGAUGAACUCCCAGAAGGAGCUGUGAAACCUCCAGCAAACAAAUACCCAAUCUUCUUCUUUGGCACUCAUGAAACUGCGUUUCUGGGCCCAAAGGAUCUUUUUCCAUACAAAGAAUAUAAAGAUAAGUUUGGGAAGUCAAACAAGAGGAAAGGAUUCAAUGAAGGCUUGUGGGAAAUUGAGAACAACCCCGGAGUGAAGUUUACCGGGUAUCAGGCAGUCCAGCAUCAGAGCUCAUCAGAGACCGAGGGGGAAGGGGGGAACACAGCCGACGCCAGCAGCGAGGGUGAGGAGGGGGACUCAAUAGUGGAGGACGGCAAAGGCAAGAGGAAGAGUGACAAGACUGGCUCCAAGCGAAAGAAGGCACUGUCGACAAAGAAGUCAUCUAAGCUGUCAAGGAAGUCCUCUGGAGAGGAGGAAGGUGAUAAGGACAGUAAGGAGGAAGAUCACAAGAGCAGUUCGGAGGCUAGAGACCCAGAUAACGACACGCGGAACGCUUCAGACACCAAGAAACCCAGCGAAGGGGUAAAUUCUCGGCACAUUUAAGUUUUGUAUUGAAACUCAUCCAAAAGUAAUCCUGUGUGAUAAUAAAACAAAUUCCAUACAUUUUUCAUUUCGUUUUAGCAGCGCUGACAAGUGAAGUUUUUCAAUCUCAUGUUGAAGAACAGUUUCUUGGCCGUGUUUGGUAUGAUCUGGCAGUUCAUGGCUGUAACAUCCCACUUUGCCAAUCACACACGUUUUGUGGCCUGGAAAUAAAUCUCAGACAAAUGUACUAAGCAAUUAAGCACUGCUGUACUGCUUAAAUCUUUCUCUUUAGUGAUAACUUUUAAUACGCAUUUGCAAGUGGAAAACGUACUGUCUGUCUGUCUGUCUGUCUGUCAUCUACAAUAAAAGUCUGCAAACUUCACCAAGUCUUGUAAAUAAUACCAAUGUACAAAACCUGUUAGUGUUUGUUAUAGAGAACCAAUGCCAGAACAACACCCUUUUUCAAAGAAAUAAAACUCCAGCAGCAAUCCUGUCAACACAUGGUGGUAAAGAUGAUUAUUUAACGAGUACAGUAGAUACAAUAUAUUAAAGUAUCAAUCCCAAUAUGCUUUCCUGUAGGGGUUGGUGCAUUCCUAACUCCCAGUCCUGCAUGCCUGAAACUAAACUGAAAUAAAGUGUAUUAGGAAUUCUGAAAAAGGCAUAUUCAACCAACCAAAUUGUGCCGUGCAUGUAGUGUUCCAGUGACAUACUGUACAGAAACACAUUUUAAGAAUGCCCAAACAAGAAAAAUGCAGGCAUGUAGGUUUGAAAGAAUGAUUUUAUGAACAUAGAAGAUAAGCAGACUGACCUAUAUGCAUAAAAUUGAGAAUAUUUUAUAUAAGUCAGGUUUGACUCAUCAGGUGUAACGAGAUGUGUUCUGUGUCUGGUUGUGGAGCAUUAAAAGCAUUUGACAGGAUGGCAGGCUGUUUUGAAAUUGCUGGCCUGUGGCUCUUACUGCAGUGGAGCCAAAUCCUUGAGUGGCAAGUUAAAAACUUUCUUUAAAAGGCCUGUUCACACCAGACGUGAUGCGACAAGCGAUUGUGUAGUAUGAAACACAACGCCAUGACAAAAAAUUAAUACAACAUGUAGUUUUGAUACAAACAAUUCAAACUGCCUGUGAUGUGACGGGGUGAUGCUGAACCGAUGCUAGAUGCUAAAAAAUACUAAUUGGUUCUGAACAACGACCAAUCAGAGAAGAGUCGCCUAUCGCAUUGUGAGAGCCUGUCGCCACUGGUGUGACUGUUGUGGUUUCAUAGCCUGGUUCAUCAAUUCUGCUUUGAAAUCCUUCACUUGAACUUCAGCAGUCUUUAUAGAAAGCAUUAUGCUUGUCUGUCUUUAAUGGUAAUGUAUGUUGGUUUUUUUUUCCAAACUUAAUUGCUCAGAGAAGAAUGCUAAAUGUUGUGAAGGCCUCCUUAAGGGAGUCAUUUAUUGUGGCUGUCAAGUGUUACUGGAGUUGUGAAAUUAUCAUUGCUUUUCAAUUGUCUGCUGCAAUACAAGGUUUCCAUUAGUAGAAGCUCACACACACACACACUUCGUCUGUCUCUCCACAUUAAAAACCUUUGCAUUCAGUAAAGCUCGAUCACUCUGGUCCUGUCACAUCAAUACCACAGAAGUUACUGUCAACAAGAUCUCUUUUAUAUUUACAAAUCCCAUUUCCAGAAAAAAACACAAUCUGUAAGUAUGUGUUACAGUGUUCAGAUCAAACUUGUAUAGUAGUUAACUGU